AUGACUCCAGAGAAACAAAAGAGAAUUGAUGAAUUAACAUCUCAACUAUGGAGUGCCGGUUUGACUGGUCUGCUCAAAGGCUCCUUGAUUGGUUUAGUCAGUGGUUUUUACUUAAAUUAUAAGUAUAAUUUUGGACAUAAUGCUAAAUUUUUCAAUACCCCUUAUAAAAUCGCAUACCUUGUAAGUUGGAAUUUUAUUUGUAUUUCGUUUGCUGUUGAAACAGAAAAGGUCAAAAUGAGAAAGCAGCUUGCAAUGGAGGAGGAAAUCAAACGCAAUAUGUAUUUGGAGGACGAAUUGAAUAUCAAAAAGAAAUAG